AGGCUUCCAAAAAUGAUCCCGUGCACUGUAUGUGAACGAUAAUCCAUCUCCCACAAAACGACAAAACUCUAUUAAAGAAAAGGGGAAAAAUGAUGUUGUCCUUUCCCCUAUGCGCACGUGAUUUCAGUUCAUCCCCUCUUCACUGUUUUUCUCCUUUUUACCUUCAAUGGCUCGGACCAGGUCCCAAGGAAUGAAUGAAACCAAUGACAUGGAAGAGCUCGACGACACCACUUUAUCGUCUCCUCGCCGCCCUAACGCUUUCCAUUUUGGUGGAGGAGAAUCGCUGCCUGAGGAGAGGAAAGGGUCGAACAGGAAGAGGAAGAGAAGUAAGAGAGUUGAACUGGAUGGAUAUGAAGCGGCUGAUGAAGAGAACGCUAAUGGAGAUUCUCUUCGACAAGACCCUCUGGAGGUCCUUGGUUGGGACUUGAUGAUGAAGAUUCUCAGCAAUCUCGACGCACGCAGCGUGGCACUAUCUCUCCUUGUCUCUCGCGGGUGGCAUCGCGUUGCUUCUAGCGAUCGUCUAUGGAGCUCUAAGUGUGAGGAAUUGUGGCUUGGAAAAGCACACAUUCCGCGCUUGUCACAGGUCCGGGGAAUAUCCAAGUUGGCUGCUUAUUCAUUAUCUGUUAUCGAUGGCAAACGAACUCGUAUCAUGAGGGAUGAUCUGUGUGAUCAUGUUUGGGAAUUCCAUUUUACAAAGUUGGCUCCGGAAUAUUGGAGAAAUCUUGAUCCCUAUUGGAAAGGCACUGGCCCUCCCAUGCACCGCUACUUUCAUCAAGAUGGAAGCCAAACUGCUGAUCCUGGUGAUAGGGUAUGGGGUGGUCAUGAAUGCUGUUUUUCAGUUGUAACUAGUUUUGUUGGUGACGGGACAAUCAGGGAGCACUAUGUUAGGAUAAACCGAUGGCCCAGAAUGUCUGUGUCUAGGAAACAGGACUGGAGCUGGGAAAUGUCCAAUCACCUCUUCUGCUACUCCAGUAUUCCUGAUGCGUCAAAGGAAGGGGGGACUGGGCCACUCUUUUUGGUUAUGAUCGUUGUUGUGUAGCUCGCUAAUCCCCUUGCUUGGAUUAUUGUUCACACUUGUUGAAAAGCGUUAAACUUGUCUAUAGAAGCACAAGCAAUUCAUAGCGAUUGAUCAGGCCACAAAUGGUAGAGAUUGGAGGUGUGGGUAUGGAAGUGACUGAGGUUGGUAUCUAUUUGGACUAAAGAGCAAGUAUGGUUGGGAUGGUGGGAUCGAAGCUUGACUUUUUAGUCAGUGUUCCAAAGUUAGUUCAAAGAAUGAACAGGAAAAUAAUACAGCUCUAGAUAGUUAAUGUUGCUUCUUAUUGAAUAAUAAUACAAUUUUAGAAUUUUAAGUAUUAAUUUUUUAUGUACUUCAUCUCGACUUAUUAAUAUUUAAUGAUAAUGUUAUGUGUGUAUUUA